GCGGCAGGCGGGCCCGCCGAGCCGCCGGGGCGAGGCGGAGGGGGAAGGCAGGAAGAGAGAGGUGAUCGGGGCAGAGCAGGAGCGGGAGACCAUGUCCGGGCGGCCCAGGACCACCUCCUUCGCGGAGAGCUGCAAGCCGGUGCAGCAGCCCUCGGCCUUCGGCAGCAUGAAAGUUAGCCGAGACAAAGAUGGCAGCAAAGUGACUACAGUAGUGGCAACUCCUGGACAAGGUCCGGAUCGACCACAAGAAGUUAGCUACACAGACACCAAGGUGAUUGGAAAUGGAUCUUUUGGUGUUGUGUAUCAAGCCAAACUCUGUGAUUCAGGAGAGCUUGUGGCCAUUAAGAAAGUCCUGCAGGAUAAAAGAUUUAAGAACCGAGAGCUCCAGAUUAUGAGAAAGUUGGAUCAUUGUAACAUUGUCCGAUUGCGUUAUUUCUUCUACUCUAGUGGAGAGAAGAAAGAUGAGGUGUACCUCAACUUGGUGCUGGACUAUGUUCCUGAAACAGUAUACAGAGUUGCCAGACAUUAUAGUCGGGCCAAACAGACACUCCCUAUGAUUUAUGUCAAGUUGUACAUGUAUCAGCUGUUCCGGAGUUUAGCCUAUAUCCAUUCCUUUGGGAUCUGCCACCGGGAUAUAAAACCACAGAACCUCUUGCUGGACCCUGAUACAGCUGUUCUAAAACUCUGUGACUUCGGAAGUGCAAAACAGCUGGUUCGUGGAGAACCUAAUGUCUCAUACAUCUGCUCUCGGUACUACAGGGCACCAGAGUUGAUCUUUGGAGCCACCGAUUAUACCUCCAGUAUAGAUGUGUGGUCAGCAGGCUGUGUAUUGGCUGAACUGUUACUAGGACAACCAAUCUUUCCAGGUGACAGUGGUGUGGAUCAGUUGGUGGAAAUAAUCAAGGUUCUGGGAACGCCUACAAGGGAGCAAAUUAGAGAAAUGAAUCCAAACUAUACUGAAUUCAAAUUCCCUCAGAUCAAGGCGCAUCCAUGGACUAAGGACUCGUCAGGAACAGGACAUUUCACCUCAGGAGUACGGGUCUUCCGGCCCCGCACUCCACCAGAAGCAAUUGCGCUAUGUAGCCGUCUGUUGGAGUACACCCCCACUGCCCGCCUGACUCCCCUGGAGGCCUGUGCGCACUCUUUCUUCGAUGAACUACGGGACCCAAAUGUCAAGUUACCAAAUGGGCGAGAGAAACCUGCACUCUUCAAUUUCACCACUCAAGAACUGUCAAGUAACCCAUCUCUGGCUUCGAUCCUCAUCCCUGCUCAUGCCCGGAACCAAGCAGCUGCUUCAACCCCUACAAACGCUACAGCGGCCUCAGAUGUUAAUGCAGGAGAACGAGUUCAGACCAAUAGUGUAGCUACAGCAUCAGCCUCCAACUCCACCUGAACCGGUACCAAGCAGCCAGCUGCACAGGAAAAAUCACCAGUAAUUUGAGUCUUGCUCAGCAACACUGGUCACAUUUGGAAAGAAAAUUAAAAAGAGGAAAAAAAAAAAAACCAACCAACAAACCAACCAACCUGUUCAUUUUAGUGUUCAAUUUUUUAUUAUUAUUAUUGUUGUUCUUAUUUAACCUUGUAAAAUAUCUAUAAAUACAAA